AUUAUGGACACCGCGAAUAUUGGAAUCUAAAGUCGUGUUUGGUAAAACCAACGUGUUUCUAUUUAUCCUCCAAUUUCGAAUAAAAAAUUACGUAACUUCCCCACGCCAUUUAUCACUUUUCUUAAUUGGACUUUUCUAAAGCAGAAAUGUAUGUUAAACAUCACGGAACUUUGCACCUAACUAGAUUAUUUAUAUUUUUAUAAUUUUUAUGAUUCCGUCUAAUUCACUUUUACUACGAUUCCUACCUAUAGAAAUUAAAGAAUGGGUCGUUCGUCAAAAGACAAACGUGAUAUAUACUAUCGUUUGGCAAAAGAAGAGGGGUGGAGGGCUCGAAGCGCUUUCAAGCUAUUACAAAUUGACGAAGAAUUUAAUAUAUUUAAAGAUGUUAGUCAUGUUGUUGACUUAUGUGCUGCCCCAGGUAGCUGGAGUCAGGUGUUGGCUAAGAAGAUUAGAAUAGAACCACAGAAUGACGAUGCUAAAAUUAUAGCUGUUGAUUUACAAGCUAUGGCCCCUAUUCCCGGAGUUGAGCAAAUUCAAGGAGAUAUUACCAAAUUAUCAACAGCAAAGAAAAUAACAAGCCAUUUUGAAGGGGAAAAAGCCGAUUUGGCUCUAAAUAUAACAACGCAUGUUUUGAAAAAGUCUGGAACAUUCGUGGCAAAAAUAUUCAGAGGGAAAGAUGUUAGCCUGUUAUACUCUCAAUUAAAAAUUUUCUUUCCCCUGGUUACAAUCGCUAAACCAAGGAGUAGCCGCAAUUCUAGUAUAGAAUCUUUUGUCGUUUGUCAAAAUUACUCACCUCCGGAUGAUUAUACUCCGAAUAUGCUGAAUCCUCUAUUGGAUCAAAAAUAUGACGAUACAAACAGCUUGGAAGGUUCUAAUAGGCUAAUUACACCUUUUAUUGCCUGUGGAGACUUGAGCGGAUACGACGCUGAUAUGACGUAUCCCUUGGAGGACGAGUAUGUUUAUAGACAACCCACACAGAAACCUAUAAAUCCGCCUUAUAAAUUAGCUUGUGAAUUAAAGCGAAGCGAUAAACUUGAAAAGGAGAAAGUUUUAGAAAGUGACGAAAAAGGGGCAGUUGGUGGCAUGGAAAAGUUAAGUUUAUGA